CCAACUCGAGCAGCAAGUGUAUUUACUGCGUUUAAGUUUUGCAUCGAGUAACGCAACCAGUGUUUCCUUGACGCUUGAACGCGUGUUCGUAGCACAGACACAAGCCAAAAUGCCGCGCGCUUCCUUCUCCCGCUCAGUCGCGACCCAGAUUGCCUCGGCGCUGGAGGCCAACUUGACCCCGACCUUCGAGCCCACUGCUGCCCAGCUAUGGAAUGCCGCUCGCCCCCGCAUGAUUUCCACCAUCGCGCGCGCUGAGGGCUCCAGCCUGCUGCGCAAUGUCGCCCGUGGUUCGGGCAGCUCCUCCGUGCUCAAGCCCUGCACCUGCGGCAAGGUGAUGUGCCCCGGCCACGCCCGCUCCAUGUCGACUGCGUCGUCGGCUCCUCACGUGCAGCCUGCUUGGGCCACCGACGCUCGUGCCCCCGGCUUGGCUGAGCGCCUGGCGGAGCAAGGUGUGGAGGUGGCUCUGGCCGGCUACGGCUUCACUAGCGACAACUCCAUCGCCAUGAGCAACGUGCGCCACGAUGAGUCGUGCCUCAUCUUGGAGGACAUGAUUGAGGCGGCCUUUGCCUCGUGCUUCAGCACCCACGGCCUUGGCGGCGUGCUGACCUGCGGUGUGAUUGGCAUGAAGGCCGGCCUGUCGCACUCGCCCGUUGUCGGGGGCAAGCAGUGCUACGGGUCCUUUUCCUUCCCCCACAUCGCCAUCAACAGCGACGGCAAGGUCGGCGCCGUCAGCCGCCCCAACCGCCACGGCGCCGGCGCUGCCUGCGGUGCCCUGACUGCGUGCAUGGGCGACCUGAAGCGCGACGGCUUGGAGGCCAACUGCAAGCAGCCCGGCGUGCACGACCCUCUGGAGCCCGAGUACUCCAUCCUCAAGCAGCGCAUCGCCCGCCGCCUAGCGUACGAGAAGAUCAACCCUCUGGACUGCUCGCUGGUGGAUGUGACCAAGGCCGCAGAGCGCGUCAUCUCCGCUGACCUGGAGUACCUGAUCUCCAAGGCCGUGGAUCCCAAGAAGGCCGACUACGCCGUGUUCACCGGCGUGCAGAUCCACAACUGGGUCGCCGACCUGAACAACACCGACGUGCCGUCCCUGGAGUUCGUGGGCGUGGGCAAGAGCUACGUGGUGGUGAACGGCGAGAAGGUGCACCUGGACCUGGAGAAGGUGCCCGCUCUGUCGCCGCGCCAGCUGCAAAUCCUGGCCUCCGCCAGUGCAUCCGAGGGCAAGGCCGCCACCGCCGCCUCCACCGGCAAGCUGAUGCAGGAGAUCCCUCGCAAGUACAUGAUGAGGCGCCUGGGCGCUGCCAUGAGCCGCAGCCACUCGGACGGCGCCGCCCCCGCGGGGGCCAGCCUGGCACGUGGCUUCCAGACUUGCCGCCAUAGAUGUUGUGUGCUACUAUUUCUAGUUGACAUUCUGCAGCGAGCUGCGCGUGUUGUGGCAGCAAAGCCGACGUAUACUGAUGGCAGGCAAUGUCGCAAGCGUGAGCAUGGGCAGGAUUGAGCGAAAGAGAAGAGCGGACCGGAUGUAUGGACAUCAUCAAGACACAAACAUGCUUACUAAGCUGUUCGGGCAGGGCCCCCGCUGGUGAGGGGCUACGGGUUUUGUAACCACAUAGAUUCCGUGGAAGUCGGGCAGGCUCAUGUGGAAGUGGGGCAAGCUCAUGUGGAAGUCGGGCAGGUUCAUGCGGGCGCCUCGCUAGCUCUUACCGGUAAGCCCGGGCGCGUCAUUACCGGGGCCUCUUUUGAUGCCACUGCAAACAAGCAGCACGGGGGCGGGCUGGGUUACCUGUCGCACACGUGUAGGGCACUGUAACUGGCGGCGGCA